UUUCUCUUCUCUUUUGAUUUACUCUGCCACUUUGUUAGAAAAUAUUCAGUCUGGUAACAAACUGAAUUCAAUUAUACAAAUAUACACUGUAAACAAAUAUUCAAACUCAUAAUAAGUGAAAAUGACUAGACAGGUUAAUUUCAUAGUAGAUCACAAUCCUUGUUAUUUCAGAUUUGGUCUGCUCUAAACUUAUCCAUCUCCAUCCAUUACUGGAACAACUCCACAAACUCCUUAUUCCCUAAAACACCACUCAUACCAUUAAAGUCACUAACAGAGACUGAACUGAGAAUAAAGGAAAUCAUGGAGAAACUAGACCAGCAGAUCCCACCCAGACCUUUUGACCACAUGAACACCACCACCAGCGCCACACACAGCACAGCCACCAUCCUCAGCCCUCGAGACACGUACUGCAGAGGGGACAAUCUGGACAUCCUGCUGGAGGUGAGGGACCACUUGGGACGCAGGAAGCAAUAUGGCGGAGAUUUCCUGAGGGCCAGGAUGUCCUCCCCAGCCCUGAUGGCAGGUGCUUCAGGAAAGGUGACUGACUUCAACAAUGGCACCUACCUGAUCAGCUUCACUCUGUUCUGGGAGGGCCAGGUCUCCCUGUCUCUGCUGCUCAUCCACCCCAGUGAAGGGGCGUCGGCUCUCUGGCGGGCAAGGAACCAAGGCUAUAACAAAAUUAUUUUCAAAGGUAAAUUUGUUAAUGGCACCUCUCAUGUCUUCACUGAAUGUGGCCUGACCCUAAACUCAAGUGCUGAACUCUGUGAAUAUCUGGAUAACAGAGACCAAGAAGCCUUCUACUGUGUGAAGCCUCAACACAUGCCCUGUGAGGCUCUGACCCACAUGACCACCCAGAAUAGAGAAGUGUCUUAUCUUACUGACAGGGAAAAAGGCCUUUUCCACAGGUCCAAAGUAGGAGUUGAAAUUAUGAAGGACGGUAAACACAUUGAUGUCGUCGAAUGUAACAAGAGUGAAAAGAUAGAAGAGAAAUGCCAAGUUGGAAUGAAGCCUCCUGUCCCUGGUGGUUAUACUUUACAAUGAAGGUGGAUAACAACAUUUUGCAACCAGAUUCAGUUUGACACAAUUAAGAUGAAUGACUGCCUGAAAGGCAAGCUCAUUUACCUCCUGGGAGACUCUACGCUACGUCAGUGGAUCUACCACUUACCCAAAGUUGUAAAAACACUGCAGUUUUUUGAUCUUCAUGAAACUGGAAUUUUUAAGAAACAUUUGCUUCUGGAUGCAGCAAGACACACUCUGAUUCAAUGGAAAAAACACAGCCAUCCCUUCAUCACUUUCCAGCUCUACUCUCUGAUAGAUCAUAAUUAUAUCCCUCGGGAAAUUGACCUGCUAUCAGGUGACAAAAACACAGCCAUCGUCAUCACCUUUGGCCAGCACUUCAGACCAUUUCCCAUUGACAUUUUUAUUCGCAGGGCCAUCGGUGUCUGAAAGGCUAUUGAAAGACUGUUCCUAAGAAGCCCAACCACUAAAGUGAUUAUUAAGACAGAAAACAUCAGGGAGAUGCACAUAGAGACAGAGAGGUUUGGAGACUUCCAUGGUUAUAUUCAAUAUCUUAUCAUGAAGGAUAUUUUCAAAGACCUCAACAUGGGCAUCAUUGAUGCCUGGGACAUGACCAUUGCAUAUGGCACUAAUACUAUCCACCCGCCUGAUCAUGUGAUUGGAAAUCAGAUUAACAUGUUCUUAAACUACAUUUGCUAAGGGGUAAAUAUCAUACAAAAUCACUAAGAACAAAUCUCUGUACAUAACCCCACAUGUAUUGUAAAGUAAAUUUUAUUCAUUUUAGGAACGGAGGAAAAUAAAUUUAAAAGAAUCCGUUUUGGGAGGAAGGAUAUAUAAGGACAAUGACAACCAAUAUGGGAUGCAAAACCAAGAGAAUCACACAUGAAAAAAUAUACCAUGCUGGUUCUGGUGCUUGUUUAAAACAUUAAAAAAGUUUUUUAAAAGCCAUGUUGUUAAACUGAUUUGAAAAUAUCUGUACAAAUUCAUGAUGCUUUCCAUUUCCAAUAUAGAUAUUUUGUAGUUCUGUCUAUUGAAAAGGCCUGGAAGCAAUGAUAACCCAUUAGUAACAAUCACUCUUAGUACCCUGACCGUGGUCUCUAAGAACCCUUCCUCAGUAAAAGAAAACAGGUAUUCCUGAAGAAAAGGCUGAUUCUAGGACUGGAACAGAAAAUACAUAUACCAUGAGCCUGGACAUCUUGCUAUGCCAGAAAGCAAAUAAUCAAAGAUAAACGGAAUCAUAUCAUGGAACAGAGGAAGUAACCCAAAGGAGUCUCUUCAUUGGCCAUAGGUAGAUUAGUUUAAGCAUCAAAAAGACUAAUGACUGCAGUUAAUUGAAAUACAUAGUAUACAAAAUCCAUGAGCUCAUAAUAAUACUAAAAGAGAUAUUCAAGAAUAAAAACAAAACCUCUCAUGUGUCAUAAGUGGAGCUGGGUAAAUCCUUAUUUUGAAAAUUGGCAAUGAAAGAGAAAUACAUGAACAUUUAUCCUCCUUCCUGUUACAGAGAAAACCAAUAACCCUAAUAGAUAAGUGAAAGUUCUUCUUUGUGGGAGAAUUAUAGGUAAUGAAUACAGAAAGAGUGACAGAAUUAGGAAAUCACCAUUUUAAAAUUUCUAAUUAGAUAAGUAAGUAAGGCAGAGAUCAUCAGUGAAUGAACUUUUCUUAAAAGUCUGAUUGGAACUUUAUAUGGAUAUAGCAGCCUAUCAUUUCUGAAUCCACUGAUCAAACUUAGCUUUAUUAAGAGCUAGGCAACCUGUCAUUAUGUCCUGCAUGAUUUGAUACAAUGUAAAGUAUAUAACACCACCUAUGAAGGAGUAUUCUUGCAAUGCUUGUUCCCCUAGAUAAUUUCAUCCAAUGGCUCCAAAA